AGCACUCUAGUUGUUCAUUCCACUCUUCAGUGUGUGAAAAUAUAAAGUGCGUAAAGCAGGUUGGGAAUAAAACGACGCGUAAAAGCGCACGUCGCGUGACUGGUUUGCACACAGAGAGUGUUUUCGGGAUGGCACCGUGAACAUCCCGAGAGGAAUCGAGCGGGAUCUUUGGACAGAUCAAAAUGCAGCCCUGUUCUAAGAAACGGGGGAGGGAUGACGUAAUUUGAAAUCGGGCCCAAAAAUCCUCAGCGAAUAACUUAGCGCGCACGAGGUAGCGGAGGAGUGCUGCCCCAGCUGUUUCCUGUUGAAAAUGUCUCCGUAAUGUAGAUAAAUGUGAGGGAUUUUCUCCACGAAAUCCGUCUCCUGCCUGCUAAAUCUCACGUCUCCGAAUCGAGCCUGCGCAAUGGAACAAAGUCGGAAUAUCAGGACGUGACACCGGCACCGCGUUUACUCCUCUCCGCUUCUUUUCUCGCACCUUUUAUUUAUUUCAUUUUAUUUUAUUUGAAUGACUUUGGAACAAGUGUUUUCGCCGGACAGACGCUGGGAUGUCUAGGGGACAUUUGGGUGAUGUCCUGAAGUGGACCAUGCGCUGUGUGUCUCGCGGCCGCGCGCUCGCCCGGCUGCUGCUGCUGCUGUGCGCGCUCGCGCUGACGCCGGUGGCGGCGAGGGCGGGGCCUGAGACUCUGUGCGGGGCGGAGCUUGUGGACACGCUGCAGUUUGUGUGCGGGGACCGGGGCUUUUAUUUCAGCAAGCCGACAGGCUACGGCCCCAACUCGCGGCGCUUGCACAACCGUGGCAUCGUAGACGAAUGCUGCUUCCAGAGCUGUGAGCUGAAACGACUCGAGAUGUACUGCGCGCCAGUCAAAUCUGGUAAAGCGCCACGAUCGGUACGAGAGCAACGGCACACAGACACGCCCAAAACACCAAAGAAACCUAUAUCUGGUCACAGCCAUACAUCCUGUAAGGAGGUUCAUCAGAAGAACUCGAGCCGAGGGAACACCGGGGGGAGGAACUAUCGAAUGUAGUUAAGAGAAGGAUGAGCGGAACCGAUGGACAGUGACGAGAAGAGGAGAGCAAGAACAAGUUCGACCUUACCGGGUUUUCAAGAGGAGUGGUUCACUCGAAAGGCAAAAUAUAUAUAUAAUAAAAUAAAAUAAAAAGGAUAAGGGACCAAACCAAAUGUACAUACACCCCUUACGACUGACUAUUUUAGACACUGCACCAUUCCAUACAGGGGAGGGACAACAUCUGUCAAAACAGCAAAAUUAAUAUAGCUGCUAAAAAGCGUAAUAUAAUAGCGGCUGCUACAUAUUAUGGCAGUGGGAAACCUCCUGUAUAAGAGAGCCACUGGAAACUUUAAUUGACCCAAACUGUUUCAAGGCACCACUUCCUGAUGGGUGGGAUAGAGCCAGUGGGUCACUGGAGGAGAGGUGAAGGUUUUUCUGUGUCAUGGGUGAAGUGAACAUUGCAACGGUCCUUCCCACAUACCCACACAUAUACACACACACACACACACACACACACACACACACACACACACACACACACACACACACACACACACACACACAUAUAAACACACAGACAUGCCUUCGCAAUUAAUUCCAGAUUGCUGCAAUCCAGUGCGAAAUGCAAGUUGGCAGAAUUUCAGCACCAUUUCUGAUUAAGCUUUAGUCGAAGACAGUACACAAGCUCUAGCACUGAUGAGGAAUAUCUUCGUUGUAUUUUUGUUUUGUUUUGUUUUGGACAACAAAAAGAGCUUAAUCAGAACGAUUUCAAGAGCUGUUUGGACAGAAUAUUGUUAAAAGCAGAUGAUACACGUUUUCAGGAUGAGAACUGGUUUUCAGGAUCUCCUUUUGUUUUUACAUAAAACAACAACAACAACAACAAGUCAUAGAAACCUUAUGCAAAGGUUAUACAAGACUAUGGAGUGGCAACGCUGACCAAGACCAAGACAGCGGAGAUCAACUUGUUUGACUUCAUUCUUAAAGCGUCGUUGCUUCGAUUAUAAUAAACAUCAGACUGCACGACUGGUUACGAUUUUCACCAAAGCAUGUACACCACAUACGACAGUAAGCAUUUUUUUCCACUAAAGCCUGUCAAUAUUAUACCACGUAUACAAGCGAAACCCAGUGAAACUUCUCACCCACCCGAAAUACAGGGGCGGACCAAUCAGUAGGCCGAUUUUGUGUCAGCUUAUUUAAGUUUUAAUUCAGAAUCGCCCAGAACAAGAAAAUAAAACCUGCUCCUGCAAAUGAACUCGAAUUUGGUACGUAGCGAUGCUUAAACAUAACGCAUUCGUUGUGAUGAACCUCAAUGCUGUAACUGUAACACAUGCUAACAAAUGCCGCCACCUGCCGCACCACACACAUCGGUUAAGGUGCGAUGCAGCUGUUGGUAACUGUUGAAUGUUUUUAUUUGGUGUAUUUUUUCUGUUUCGGGAGCAAAAAGCUUGACCCGAAGCCGUCGUCUAACCCUCCUGACUACUACACGCGUUCACCUUAUGGCUAAACAUAACCGACCGACUCGAAUCAAAUCUUUCACUUGCGAUACGUGGAGAGAAGCCUGUAACAGCCAAAACGUCGCUCAACAACUUGCUGACUGUUUUUGUUUUUUUAAAAAAAAAUUUUCUUUUUACUGAGGGCACAAACACAGCCUCUGUUAGAAGACAAUAAUAAUCAUAAACUUUUUUUUUUUUCGUUACUCUUAAUCUUAAUAUAUUCAUGCACCUAACUAGCUAACAAGCUCACGAUACAAUAUUACAUUACGUUAGCUACAACUUCUUAGCCGUCAGUUCGGUUAAACAUGGGAGUGGGAAGCACAUAAGGAGCAAACUGAUGAAUUCAUGACUUGUCCAUCACUAUAAAUGAGUCGAGUUCCCACAAGACCAACACUUCACCACGUCUGAGGGACCGGGCUGCACACGGAGUCCAACGUUCUUCUGGAGCAUUCUUCGAAUCAAUCCAACGGACCGCUUUGGGAAAUCCGGACUGUGACUUUAAAUGUUCUUUUGCGUAGUUAGUGAAUCUUCUUUCCAAAUCCAAGAUUUACACGAUCACACUGUCCUCUGUGUAGCCAUCUCUGUAUUCAAUAAUCCUAUUUAUGUUAACCAUCUCAUUUCCUUUUUGUUUUUUUUUGUUUUUUUUGUUCGUUCAUUACUUUACUGAUGCUGUCAUAUAACAGAACAAUAUAAGAACUCUACCCACUAUAUAAUGGUGCUAUUUUGUAGUAUAGUAUAAUGGUUGGCGAAACACGAUCUGGGUGAGGGCGGGAUCGGGGGCGGGGAAUGUGAACUGAAGUUUAGGAUGCUUGGAUAUGGAGGUCUUCCCUUUCUUUUUUUUUUUUUUUUGCACAGCCUUGUGGGCACCAGUCUACUAAUGUUCUUUUUAAAUUUUUAGGUAAAUGAUGUAUGCAAGCUAUUGUAUUUGUGUAAGAUCUGGGAAUGCAUGGAGGAAAAAAAAAACGUGUUGUGAUCCCACGAUUUUUAUUAUUAUUUUUAUUAUUAUUAUUAUUAUUAUUUGUAUUUUUUACCAUUUUAAAUUAUUGAUAUUUGGACUUAAAUCAAGAUCCCUAUGCCAAAUAAGUAAAGAGGAAACACUGUGAACUACAAACUUCUAAUCCUAUUAAAAGUUCGAAACAGCAGCUAUGUUUACAUGCCAAGAGUUUCACUAGUGCGAAUGAAUUCACUCUGAUUUCAGAUUCCGUGUGAACUGUUUAUACGUAUCCUAAACCGGGCAGUGUGUAGACAAUCUCUGUUUAUAUGCAUGGAACUCGUGCCAAAAGUUACGCACACGCGAGGAGCAGGGUUUUUGUCGGUGUUACUUUAGGAACAAACUCCGUGGGAGUUCAGUCCGUGACUUCAGCUUUGUAAUCACAGUGCUUGCGUUUAAAAAAUAAGAAAAGAAAAAAAAAGUUCUCCCUAAUUUCAUCACCUGCUAAUUCCCACCUACCAAAUCAGCUCUCCCCAUCAUACAACAGCUACCAACCAAGGAGCACGAAUUCUAACACAUGCUUCCUCCAAGACACAUUGGGUAGCCAAACACAUCUGCGUCACAGGGCGGCGUAACACGCUCAGGGGAAAGCGCUAUCUGCGCUCUUCCGCAGACAUGAACUCACAGACACCCAUGAUUAACCAGUGUCACGGUGAUUGACAGGAGAGAGGAAGUCCCAAAACCCAUUAAAUCCUUUCUGACGCCAAGCCUUUACUUCAAAUAGUUUGCUUCAUUCAUGCAUUGCACCAAAUGAGUAACCUUUUUUACUUUAUUACUUUUACUCAAACUUGGCCGAGACCAAGGCCAUGCUUUGCGAAACCAGUGUCCAAGACCAAGACAAUUAGGAUUAUCGGGAUUAUUAUACGUUGGAUAAUGGAUUAUUAGGCUGCAUGUAAACAUAGCUAGUGUAGCUUUCCCUACGCUACAUUUCUUAGCUUCGGAUUGAAGACUUAGCACUGAUUUGGCACUGACGUUGGCAACGAAGGGUACAACACAAUUCUUGGUUGGAGUUUCAGAACGUCUUUUCAUCCUGUAAUCUCUUCAAAUCAGUUUCUCUUUGAUCAUUAAAACGUUAUUAUCCAGGCAGCUGAAUGCAGGUUCCAGUUUGACCUCUUAUGACAUUUAUUUUUUUUAAAAAAAAGCUCUCAAACAUUUUGCGAACACCGUUUGGGAUUUGGUCGAAAAGGUUAUCGGAGUUGAUGUAUGGAAUUUCACCCUAGCUAAGCUUGGCGUCGUCAUUUGGUUUAUUACAAUGAAUAUGUAUUUGUAAUUCACUGGAAAAGCCUACAACCCAAUGUGCUUGAGAAUUUUAUUCUAUUCCCAACAUUCUACAGUAAGGAACAGUUUUCAAUAAAUGGUUCCUAGUUAUAAUCACGCAUCUAUAGACCAACAUGCAUGGGCUGAAAAACUAUCUUGCUCUUUGGUUUGUUUUAUUUCUUCCAAAGCUCUAUAAUAAUUCUAUAAUUCAACUCAGCCACAAUAUCUAUAUCCUCUAAAUCCAUAGCCAUAUCCAUAUCAUGCAUAAAAAUACAAAAUGUAAACGUUUGUCGAGUUGCAAAUUCGCAAAAAUGCUAAUUCUAAAGAUAGCAAACAUUUUUUUUUAAAUAGCUAGGAUCGAUAUUGUGUCCCUGUUUGUUACAAAAUGCGUUUUUAACGUAUGUCGAUGAAAUAAGGUCAGGCUAUUUUCUCAAGCUGUUUGGAUAUGAUGAAAUGUUAUAUUUAGGAUAAAAUCUGACGGAAAUUAUGAGGUCACAGUGAUGGAGCUGCUCCAAGUUGUACAGUACAUUGUCAUUGUCAUCAUCAUCCUUUAACACGUCUCACAUGAAAGUGUUUUUUUUUUUAAAUAUGGGAUGACAAAAUUGUGGGGGGUUUUUUGGUUCCGUGUGUCUAUUAACUGUGUAGUUACACAUGCUCUAUAUAAGGCACUAUAAUUUAACCCUACGCUCACACUAGGUGUACAUGUGCGACCCAGAACUACAAUUUCAGCAACAGUGCAACAAUUGAAUUGAGAUUUUCUCAAUUCUAUGCAAAUUAGAUAUGACAAUUGGCUUGAAUGAUUCCUCAGACUAAUAAUAUGGCGCCAUUGGUUCGGCAUUUCAUUUCCCCACCCACAACUUAAGUUCUUACCAAUUACAAUGUGUAUAGAGACAUUACAAAUAUAAAUAAAUAAAUAAUGCUUGGAAGAAAGUAGUAGGUAUUGUUGAUGCCUCUGUUGAUGGUACGUAGCCAGUACAGUUAGCUUUCUUUGCUAACUUCCAAGUGAGUCAGUACGAAGCCAAGCACAUAAAAUUCAAAUGAUCUAUUAUAUAAUAUAUAAUAAUAUUUCUCCUUUCUUAUUUGAUAUAAUGAACCAUUUCUUAUUGGUAACGCUAGACAGGCCACGCCCAGAAUCGACAACAGUAGAGACGAACACCAAAUGACUCCCUAACGUAAACGCAGGGUUACGCUGUUACAGAUGGAUUACAGAAGUAAAUCUUAUGUUAAUAAGCCCGUUUAUCAAUUGCAUGUUGACAAUGUAAAAGUUAUUUGAUAGUUUUUAAAAAAAUAUAUAAUUUCCAGGCUAUAUUUUAUGUUGUAACAUGCAAACCCAGCAAAAUAGGGUUAAUAUACUAACCCCCAACACUCCUGCUACUUACUGUCAAGAUCCAAAAUUGACGUCUUGUGUAUAAUUGAUGUCUAACUCCACAGGUAAAAGAGACAUGUCAUUUUUAAACUGUUGUAAAAUGAAAUUUAAUUUUUACUUCUUUUUUUUUCUUCUUUUUUUUUUUUUUUUUUCCCCCUGCACAUUGAGAAUAUUUUUUUUGUCUUUUGUAAUGAGGCUUCCACGACUGGUGAUUUAUUGUCUUCUGUAGACAAUAUGGAAAUAACUGACAGAUUGUUCACCAUUCCUGCUGAAUAAACCACUUGUCAAUAUUCCAAAUUCUCAAUGAGUGAGUUACUAGGAAAGUC